AUGGGUGGAACCACAAAUGCAAAGGCUGAUACUAUUCAUGUGAAUAGUGGCAGCCCUUGCCUUAGGCCAUUUCCAGCAGCCCCUUCGGGCUCGGGUUGGGGGGGGGGAAGAGCCCAAAAGGAGCUUCCAACAACAAGUGCUGGCCCGGGCAGUGUGUGGUCCACUUGCCUGGGCUGGCCCAAAGGCGAAGGGAGCCCGAGUGCGCGGCUGACGUCAUCGCUAAUGCCAGCGUGA